AUGAAAGGUAUCAAGACCAGAAUCCGAAAGGUUUCCAACGACCUUGGGAACAAGAUCUCUGGUGCCUUCAAGGGACAGCCCAAGGUAGACGAUUCCGCCUACCGUACUAUACAUUCCUUGGACUAUGUCAAGAAUCUGCCCCGAGUUGGUGGGAGAGGGCCCGACACGACGCUCUACGCCCUUCGGUCUCUGAACAUGCAAGAGGAACAGCGCGCGCAUGCCGUCAAUCCGUUCCUGUCUCCCGACGACCCGCCUCCCUACCGGGACCAUGACUUUGCGAGAGCGCCCCGCCGAUCGCGUACGAUCUCGACCCCGGGCCGAUCUGCCUCUGGCAAAGGGACCCCCCAGUCACGGGCCGCUGCGCUGGGACUGGAUACCCGCAGCAAGGACUAUUCGAUUUCUUCAGCUCUCCGGAGGUUCCCCGAAAUCCCGACCAGCGCGCCCGACGACAUCAGUGCUCACCGCCGAGCGUUUUCAAACGAGGAGUAUAUGUCGCCGCCAAUGGCCUCCACGGCCGGGGCCCGGGGCAGGAGUCAUCACCGGUGCCGCGCGUCCGAGGACAGGAACGGGACCAGCAGGCCCCCUUCCGCUGCCCCGGGGCAUGAUGCGCGUUCCCGCAACAGGCCCUACGUCGUCCCGACUCAGGACGGCGAGCGCCGGUCUUACCGGACGCGCGAGCCCAGUGCGACCCGCGGGCUUGAGCGGUCGCGCAUGAGCAAUCAUAAGCGGACCCCCUCGGAGACCAGGCAGUUUGCCAACAGUGACGCACACGGGAAUGUCGACGUGAUCUCGCACAGCUUCCAAGGCCUCUGGUCCUAUGACGGGGCUAGCAACGCUGCAGACGAGAAUAGAUCCCCGACCUCCUUUGGCAAGGAGACUGUGCAGAGCAGAAGGCCUUCAUACACUCGCUUCGUGGGCGAUUCUGCACAUGUGCACCAGCCGCAGGUCAUCGCUGCCCAAACGACGCGCCCGGUCUCCCACUAUCCUGAGGUCAUUGUACCCGGCGAGGAAUUAUUAUCCCCGCCUCCGCUUCCAAUCCCGGUUCCAUUUGCUUCCCCGGUUCCCGUCAAGCAGUCGUCGCUCGGUCUGUCCAACUUGGAGGCCCCGAAAGCUGCUCCGGCCGUGCACACGCCCUGGCGGGGACGUCGUGAUCGGGACAAUGUUCCCCCUCCGACAACGAGCUUUGUGCCGCCUCCGACGACGACUUUCGUCCCGUUCCCCCUGCAGCACGCCUCGGCCCACGCAGCCGCUAGACCCACUCCCGAGCGGAAGCGGCGCGAGCAUGCGGCCCCCGUACGGUCCGCGAGCCCUGUUCCCACCCCCAGGCCUCUCCCCAUCGAGCCCCCUUUCCUCGCGGACCAAGGCGACUCGGACGACGAAGUGGCCAUGCACGACAAGACCGCUGAGUGGGUUCGGAAGCACAGUGCCAAAGCCAUGUCGCACGCUGACUCGGAGGCUGCGAGGGCGCACGCGCACGACUAUGCCCUGAAGGAGGCGCAGAAGCUCGAGGCUUUGAGGGCAGCCCGCAGGGCCGAGAAAGAACGGGCGAAGGCGAAGGCUCAGCAGGGCCAGAAUGGCUCUGGGCACACGUAUUAUCAACCCCCGACUCUGGGGUAUGCUCAGGCCCCUGCUGCCGGACACACUUGCAACAGGGCCCACCCUUUGCAAACCCAGAGGACCGAGGGCCGCUACGCCAGAGCGGGCGAUAAGGUCAUCACGCCCGACGGCCGCGCCUACCGCUAUUAA